UCACUGCACAAAUAAAUCACUGCACAGCUCUGGUCUCAGAAUGACAGCCCCUGUCGCUAAUGAUGUAACCAGCUUUCUAGACAAAGUUCACCAGUUAAUGAUUAGAGAAUGCCUUGAGAAAGGAAAGUCUAGAGAUGGGAAAGUGGUGGAGUUCCUACAGCCUGGGGAGCUACAGAAAGAGAUGCAGUUUCCAGUCGGAGACAUGCCUGAGAGCCAUGACAAGCUGCUGGAGCUGUGUGAAAAGGCUGUGAGAUAUAGUGUCAAAACUGGCCACCCCAGGUUCUUCAACCAGCUGUAUGCUGGCGUGGACCCCUACUCCUUAGCUGGGUCAUGGAUAACCGAUGCCUUGAAUACUAACAGUCACACCUAUGAAGUAGCACCCGUCUUCCUACUGGCGGAACACUACCUUGUUCAGAAGAUGUGUAGUAUUGUGGGAUACAAAGAUGGCGAUGGCUUAUUCAAUCCUGGUGGCACCUUUUCCAACUUGACAGCCGUUCACGUGGCCAGGUAUCAGUACAACAAGCAGGUCAAGAAGACUGGCCUCUUUGGGAUGCCACAGAUGAUUCUCUUUGCCUCUGAUCAGGCUCACUAUUCCAUCUCUACUGCGGCCUCCUUCCUGGGUUUUGGUUUAGACAGCGUUGUCAUGGUCAAAACUGACGAGAGAGGGUGCAUGGACCCCCAGGACUUCCAGACUAAGAUACAGGAAACCAAGGCAAAGGGUGACAUUCCAUUCUUUGUUCAAGCCACUGCGGGGUCCACUGUCCUGGGUAGUUUUGAUGACCUAAAUGCUGUCAGCGCCAUCUGUCAGGAACAUGGGGUGUGGCUCCACCUGGAUGCUGCUUGGGGAGGAGGAGUUCUUUUGUCGAAGACAUAUAGACAUUUAAUGUCUGGUAUAGAGAAGUGUGACUCAGUUGCUUGGAACCCUCACAAAAUGAUGGGUGCUAAUUUACAGUGUUCAGUUCUACUUACAAAACAAAAGGGUCUUCUUCUGGAGUCCAAUGCUAACAGAGCAGAAUAUUUGUUCCAACCAGACAAGUUCUAUGAUACUUCCUUUGACGCAGGUGACAAGAGUAUUCAGUGUGGUAGAAGAGCAGAUGCAUUCAAGUUGUGGUUGAUGUGGAAAGCUAAGGGAGACAAGGCCUUUGAGAAUGAAGUGGACAAGGCAUAUGAGAAGUCUAAAGAACUACAAAGCCACUGUUUUAAAAUGCAAACUGUAUUUAUUCUGUAUUUAUGCAGGCUUUUCAUCAAGAAAUUGAAGCAGAGAGAAGGAUUCCGCUUGGUUCUGGAAAAUCCUCAGUGUACCAAUGUGUCAUUCUGGUACAUCCCUCCCAGUAUGAGAGGACAAACUGAGGACGAAGAGUGGUGGAAGCGACUCGGUCAGGUAGCACCCAAGGUAAAGGAGAGGAUGACCAAAGCAGGGAACAUGUUGAUUGGCUUUCAGCCAGUUACCAAUAAAGGAUGGGUCAAUUUCUUCCGUAUCAUCUUUCGAAACCCCGUUAGCGAGCAGGACCUGGAUUUCAUCAUUGAGGAAUUUGAGCGCCUUGGCGGAGACCUGUAACAAGUAGAAUUUAGAUACAGCUGUGAUUGAUAUUCAGCCCUACUUGAUUUGCAGUUACCCAGUAUUUCUCAUUCAGUGUAGUUGGCCAUGCAUACUUGUAAGACAUAAAAAAAUGAAGUGUGCCAUAACUACUCUUUUUAUCUAAUAUAGAAACAAAACUUAACAUGUUUCCCAUCUUUAUUAAUUUAGUAUUACAGAUGCUGUAUAUUUAAUUGUUUCAGUGUUUUUUUUUUUGUUUAUGCUGAGGAAAGUUUGUGAAGUAGUCUCUGUAAGCAUCUGUUAUGUGAUUUGAAAAUGAUGUCCAUGUUUAUUAAGAUUAUACGCAGUUAAAAGUUAGCAGAGAAUUAUAUUUUGCCUUUAUUGCUUACCAUCCUUGAAUAAAUAAGGUGUCUGUUAAUUAUUUUUAUACCAAAUGUGAAAUCUGUUGCCAUUUUAUUUUACUUAUAAAUUCUUUUUUGUUGAGUGUAAUUUGCAAGGAAUAUUUCAUUUAUCUUGUGCAGUUUUAAACUGAGUAAAGUUUAUGAAAUUGGUUAUUUAUUAAUUUUAUAAAGUAUUAUUAUUGAGUGCCAUAUUUGAUUUUUAUUUCCAACUAUUUUGUAAUGGUUAUAAAAAGUAUGCAAACAAGUUACCAGCUGCUACUUAUUUCAUUUACAUGGAGGUUACUAAUAAUGUUAUUAUUAAGUUUUUU